CGAGAGAGAAAGAGACAGCGAGUGGGAGGCAAGCUUUGUGUGGAGAAACAGAAUGAACGGGCUGUUAUUUUAGGCUAGGGCAUUUAUACACUUGUAUAAUAUUUCCUUCCAUACACAUGUAAAGUGGUAUUUUACGGGUUCGGUACUGAGAAAGGUUUACAUCUCUAUGGCAACAUCGACAUAUCAAAUUAUCAUCACCUCCGCAAGGAAAUAACGGGCAGGGCUGCUGCUGCUGCUACUGGUAUAUUUAUUUAUUUAUUUAUUUCCCCUCAUGCGUCCUGCAACGCCGUGGGAAACGCGAUCGAGUCAGGCAGCGGUAUCUGAUUUAUGAUGGAUUAAUGGUCGUGUGAGCUGCGUAUGAAAGAAAGGCUUCCAAUGCUGAAUAUGUCCACUCCCAGUGACCUCAAGUCCCCAUGCGUGACGCGAAACGGCAUGGUCAAGCUUCCCCCCCAGCCCAAUGGCCUCGGUUCGGCCAGCAUCACUAAAGGCACUCCAGCUGCCAAGAAUCGCCUGUGUCAGUCGUCCUCCGUGCCCACCAUCUUGCCUCCCACUAGCCUGCCCUAUCACCUGGAGCCCCUGCCCACAGCAGCCUCACUUCUGGGCCCCGACCUGGACACGAGCCCUGUGACUGCCAUCAAAGCUCCCCUCUGGCAAUUUCCCAAGACCCUGCUAGAGAGACAACUGGUCCUGGACGAAAAGGUGCUGAACCGGCUCUUGUGGUACUUCACCACGGCAGAAAAGUGCAUUCUAGCCCAGGUGUGCAAGACGUGGCGGAAAGUGCUCUACCAGCCCAAGUUCUGGGAAGGCGUGACACCUAUUCUACAUGCCAAGGAACUCUACACUAUUCUGCCAAAUGGGGAGAAGGAGUUUGUUAGCCUGCAGGCUUUUGCUCUCAGAGGAUUCCAGUCCUUCUGUCUAGUGGGGGUCUCGGAUUUGGACAUUUGUGAAUUCAUCGACAACUAUCCGCUGUCGAAGAAGGGAGUCAAGUCUGUCAGUCUAAAGAGGUCGACUAUUACAGAUGCGGGACUUGAGGUGAUGCUGGAACAGAUGCAGGGUCUGAUGCACCUUGAACUCUCCGGCUGCAAUGAUUUCACAGAAGCCGGCCUGUGGUCCAGCCUGAAUGCGCGGCUUACCUCUCUCAGUGUCAGCGACUGCAUCAACGUGGCAGAUGACGCCAUCGCCGCCAUUUCUCAGCUCCUUCCCAACCUAUCGGAGCUCAGCCUGCAGGCCUAUCACGUGACUGACACGGCCAUGGCCUACUUCACCGCCAAGCAAGGCUACACCACCCACACCCUACGCCUGAACUCCUGCUGGGAGAUCACCAACCAUGGCGUAGUUAACAUGGUGCACAGCCUGCCAAACCUCACCUCCCUCAGCCUGUCAGGCUGCUCGAAGAUCACAGACGAUGGCGUGGAAUUGGUUGCAGAGAAUCUGAGGAAGCUCCGGAGUCUGGAUCUGUCCUGGUGCCCCCGCAUCACUGACAUGGCCCUUGAGUAUAUCGCCUGUGACCUACACAAGCUGGAGGAGCUGGUUCUGGACCGAUGUGUGCGGAUCACAGAUACAGGCCUGGGUUACUUAUCUACCAUGUCAACUCUGAGAAGUCUCUACUUGCGCUGGUGCUGUCAGGUGCAAGACUUUGGGUUACAGCAUCUAUAUGGCAUGAGGAGUCUUCGUCUUCUCUCUCUAGCAGGGUGCCCUCUGCUGACCACUACUGGCCUAUCAGGCCUGAUCCAACUCCAAGAGCUGGAGGAGCUGGAACUGACCAACUGCCCGGGCGCCACAGCCGAACUCUUCAAAUACUACUCCCAGCAUCUGCCGCGCUGCAUGGUCAUCGAGUAGAGCAAAGAGUUUCAUGGGCACCAGCACCCACCACAUCACCAAAACCUCCUCCUACAGACUGAUGAUAAACCCAACUUCAUCCUGGACCCACAGGAAGAAUCAAAGAGAGAACCUGAAUGGAAGUUUUUUUCUGGAGGGGUGAAAAGAGAUCAUUGACAUGGAAGACAAAAAGAGAAAUCUGAAAGAAAAGGUCGGAACGGGCCUGGACUGACGAGCGAGAAGGCAAAUGUACAAAGCGCAGUGGGUCAGAGGCUAGAUCUUUCAUUAAAUAACAUGACACAUAAGAAUCAGCCCCCACACAUACAUGAAACAUGUUCCUCCACUGAACUGUGAGACUAGCUUCCAUGUCUCAUCCAAAACUGUUUAUCUUGAAGUGACAAAGGUGUGCGCUGCCUGUUUGAGCUGUCUAUCAUAUAUCCAGGGAAAGUUAGAGAGGAACCGAAACAUUUAAGGGAAAGAAUGAGGUUAUGGAGCCACUGCAAUAGGGUCUGUCUCUUCGCUUUUGUCCAGUGCCAUCCGGGUUUCUCGCUCCCCUCAGUGGUGCUGCCGCUCCAUCUCGGUGUCUGAUCAAGGGAAAAAUCCAGACCUUUAGAGAUGAACAGCUACCUAGAUUUUCACAUCAACGCUACUUGCUUUUUGUCAUGCUCUUUUUUUUUAUAUUAUUUUUUUAAGCAUUAUUUUUGAUGAGAAGGAUUACUGUGAAACAUGUAUGGUAUGUGUUGGUGGUUUUGGACACUUUGAAUAAGACGGAAAUCCAGGUACGGUGAAGGUACAGUAUUAAUUGGUACUGUCCUCUGAAAGGAACCAGCAUAAUCAGAAGUCAGGAGGCUAUUUUUUUCCCAGCAGAUUGCUCUUUUAAAGACAUUUCCAGAUAUUUUGAGUUGGAAAGAACGAGGCAGUUCGGAACUGCUCAUACAUUUUAAUAUAGUUCAGAGGGACUGUGGUUUGUACAAAAGAUAGCUUGGCUUUUCCAUCUGCCCGUUUUAUUUUAAUUCCAUUUUGAUGUCAGUUGAUACUAGUGGAUUAUGUGCAGGUUUCCAUAUUAAUCCUGAUUCAAAUGAAAAUGAGAUCUCAGAGUGAUCCCAUAAUGCAGCUGGGCCACGUGACAGCCUUUCAUAGACUGAAACUGCACGUCAUUGCUUACUUGUCACCAGGCCAAACCAUUACAGCUGCGGACAGCAUGGCAGUUCUACCAUAGUUUCUUACAGUACGGGCGAAUUGUCUCUUUCAGCCCGAGUCCUUUUAAAUACAUCUGGUGAAUACGGUUUACAGUGAUUUUCAUCAAAUGCAGAGGCAGGCCAGUGUAAUUAAAGAGAUCACAAACAUCCCA